AUGCGCUCAUCCACUGCCCUCACACUCGCCACGUUUGGCUCCAUUGCCUCUGGGUAUCAGCUUCCUGCCAAGCUCAAGACGUUGUAUGAUCAGCACAAGUCUGGAGCUUGCUCCAAGAAGCUGUCCGGCUCCUUCAGUGGCGGUGCUUCUUACUGCGGCGACAUUCCCAACGUCAUCUUUCUCAAGGGAGAUGGCCGCUACGACAACAUGGACAUCGAUUGCGACGGUGCCAACAGAACCGGAGGCGCUUGCGCCAACGACCCCAGUGGCCAGGGUGAGACGGCUUUCAAGGACACUGUAAAGUCAUAUGGCAUUCCGGACCUCGACGCCAAUGUCCACCCGUACGUUGUCUUUGGCAACGACGGCGGCUCGCCGUCAUUCAACCCGCAGGCCCACGGCAUCAAGCCUCUUUCUGUAAUGGCGGUUGUUUGUAACGGCCAGGUGCACUAUGGUGUUUGGGGCGACACCAACGGUGGUACAUCCACUGGCGAAUCUUCGCUGUCUAUGGGCAAGCUGUGCUUCCCCAACGAGCACCUCACUGGCAACAACGGCCAUGACGCCAAGGAUGUUAUGUACAUUGCCUUUACCGGCGCUGAUACCGUUCCCGGCAAGAAUGGUGCCAACUGGAAGGCUUCCAACACCGCCGACUUUUCGAAGAGCAUCAAAGGCCUUGGUGACAAGCUGGUCGGCCGCCUGUAG